AUGGCUGUGGCUGUCCAAGCACCAUCGCGGUCGAUCCAUUCCCUCGGGCAUGCGACACUCGAGUCGGACAUGCACGCCGAGCUGGCGACGAGCGCGGUGGUAUCAUCGCCAUCGACAGCGUCAGCGCUCUCGUCAUCGUCGUCAUCGUCGUCGUUGAGCGAACAGGGGCGGCCACCGUACGCCCGCACGCAACAGAUCAGCUCCAAGCGGCAGCGCUACACCCAUCAAGACGAAUCGAUCUGGACCGAGACGCUGCCCGACCAUGUGCACACCCCGCAACCACUCGCAGAGGACGAUCUCGAGGACAUUCUUGCGUAAGGCCCAAGCGUCGCCCCACGUCGUCUCCGAACCGCGUGCGUGCGGCUGAGAAUCGCCGAGUCGCUACAUACAGCCGUCUCGUGGGCGGCUUUGGGGCUUGGAGGCAAAGCUCGCAGCUGAGGCUUCUUUUCUCUUGCGCAUCACAUUCCACAGGAUGCCCGUUGCGGUCGAGCUCAAACCUCGUCGGUCUCAGGUUAACCUGCUGCACUCGUCCUCGAAUCAGAAUCUGCGCUCGCCGGCCUCAUCGGCGCCCCCACUUAGCCCUUCGUUCCAUACCAGCGCCUCACCCUGGACGGCCCACUCGAAUUCACCCGCACGAUCGCCUGCCUCAAAUUCCAAAGCUUCGAACACCACAUCACAAACGGCCACGAACCGCUCCAUCCAGUCGCACACUUCCCGCGCCAGGUCAAGAAGUCAGUCACGCAUCGCUCGGCCCAUCGACCUCGUCGCACCACCAAUGCCGUCCCGAUCGGCACCACCGCUAGAGACGGAGAAUAGGAACGAGACCGAGGGGAAAGAAGAGUCAGAGGAACAGAACGAAUGGGAAAUCCUUCAAGUUGCUGAGCCAAUCACUCGCAUCCCCACCGAGCCGGCCGCCCAGCCCAUCGGCGAAAUCUCCUCGGAUGCGCCGGCAGUCAAAUUCCCAUCCGUCAAGGCGAUUACGCCCCGACAAAGUCCAACCGCUUCGUCAGGAACCACUGGCAGUGGCAGAACAGCAAGAAACGCUCCUCCCCGUACGCCAGUCAACACGAAUGCUCCUCUACGCUCGACUCCUUCGCCCUCGACGGGCUCGACCUCACCGCCCGUUUCUGGUGGACCCCGGAAAUCCAAAGCAUCGCCUUCGAGUUCGUUGAACUCUCGCACUCGAACACGAUCAGCUGCACCGAGACCACAAAAGACGUCCCCUUAUCUCGACGACGCCGACGCUUUGCCUGACGCAACCCCGCCGUGGAUGGCUGCGCCUGCCCCGAUCGUUUUCCGAAGUGGCGAGGACGGGAGUCUGAGAGGGCAAGGUCGGGUCGAUGAGAUGGUCUUGCCGGCCGUCGCCCGUCGUCUUGAGGCAGAACGGCUCACGGCUGCUUCAUCCACUACAAGUAGUCUGCUCAUCACCGAAUGGGACGCGCAAGGGAGACCUGUUCGAGCCGGAGACGUGCUAGCGCCACUUACGAAACAAUCCUCCAGUGGCGCGUCGCCGAGUCCAUCGGCAAAUGAGCCAACAACGGAAUUCGGAAAACGUGGAGCUGGGGAUGCACUUGGGGCUAAAAAUACCCGACCCCAAGUGUCUCUUAAACCCUUAUCGCGGACAUCGUCACUGCCUCAUCCGAUCCCAGCACCGGUCCCGUCGCCUCCCGUCCCAACAACUCCGGUCCGACGCCCGGAGAGACCCUCAACUCCCCAACAGGAUUUGACAAUAAAUGGCGAGGAGAUCAUCUCCAAGAAGGGGCUUUGUGGCGGCUGUACCAUCUCUUAA